AGGAGGAUGGAAGACAUCCUCUCUUUUUCCCAAAGGGACACGCAUUUUACUUCAGUUUCGUAGCUUUGUUGAAAAUUUCUGAGCUUCAAUGGACUCAUCCUUGUCUAUUCAAGCAUCAAUUCCCAAUGAUAUUGCCCUCAAAAUAGCUUCUUCUCUUCAGGUAGUUGAUCUUUGCUCUUUGGGAAGUUGCUCUCGGUUUUGGUGGGCACUGUGUGGGUCUGAUAAUAUAUGGGAGUCUCUUUGUAAAAAAAGAUGGCCUGCUCUUGCUCUGGAGAUUGAGUCUUCAUCUUAUAACAACCAGCCCCAUGAGGAAUGGAGAGUGUUUUAUAUUAGGAAGCACAAUGAAAUGGCAGGAAAAGCGGGAGGCGUAAUUGAUUUUGUCAAUCGAUGUUUGGCAUUUGAGUCGAUUGAGGUGGGGCAUUAUCUGAAAGCAGUUAGAGAUCUGGAUUCCAUCCUUUUUGGGUUUGAAGAUGUCCAUACAUUCUUCCUUAAAUCCAAGCACAAUGUGCUGCUCAACUUGAUUGGUUUGCACUACUGCCUUAUUUGGCUUGGUUUGCCGGGAGAAUGUGUCAUGGAAAUCCUAAAUGACUGCAAUAUCUCACAAAGGCAAGUGCGUGUACAAUGGUGGAAGCUUGGGAGGUGGUUGUUUGGCUUUCGUUUGCGUGAUGAAUUAAUCACGCGUACCGUCUCUUUAGAAGAUCUUGCAACCGGGAAGGAGGAAGAAGUUCUUGGGGUACUUCAUCGAGGUGCGGUACAUGAGGUGAUACGAGUUCAGAUCUCAGCAGCUAAACCUGCAUACUCAUCCUGGUCAUUGCAGAACGUACAAGACACAAACUAGUAAAUAUCAUUACCUAUCAUGUGUACAUCAAUUUGUAAAUAUUUCACCUAAACUCCUGCGUAAGACGAGAAUAAUUGUGAACUCUCAUGAAGUUUAUUUCCUAUGUAUCCUUUUAUAUUUAUGUUGUGAAUAAUGAAGUCUCUAGGGAAAGGAAGCUUGUAUUAAAUGUAUAUUUGAUGAUUAUUGCUUGUAAAAAGGUGCAAUACUACAUUGUGUGUAAUCUUCUACCCAGUAGUAGUUGAUCUUGUGUUUAUUUCUGUUGCUUGA